ACUCUGGUGCAUGACCCGUUGAGCGAUAGAUCCGGCAUUUUCAUACACAUUAGAACAAUGCAUAUCCCACUUCAAAAGUUGGCCAUUGGAUGCGCCCUUACAUCCACAGCUGCGGCAUUUUAUCCAUACCACCGCCACCACGGUGAAUCCAGUGCCGCUACACGUCGAGUACCCUCCGAAGCCGCCGUGUCUGCCACCUCUGGCGAACCUCGACGCUCAAUAACGCUGCCGCUGCGCCGUACCUCGCUCGUUACUCGACAAAACCAAUUCGAUGUCUCAAGGAGCAAAGAGCCCAAGCUCAAAAACAGCGAGGCUGUUCAUCAGGACAAGAAUGACAAUACGUACAUGGUUGCCGUCAACAUUGGAACCAGCAAGGAGGAAUAUCUGCUGCUGCUCGAUUCAGCGUCAAGCAACGUUUGGGUCAUGAGCGAGGACUGCACAUCCGCUGCAUGUGGAAAACACACAACAUUCGGCAAAAGCGACUCAAGCUCAUUGAAGACGGAGACCACCCAGUUCUCCAUAACGUACGGAACUGGCACUGUCUCCGGAACCACCGCGAGUGAUACGCUUCACUUUGGCUCUCUCUCUGCAACACAUACUUUUGGCCUUGCCAACAAUGCCUCUUCCGAAUUCGAGGGGUUUCCCAUGGACGGUAUUCUGGGCUUGGGUCGAGGCUCCCAAAGCGAGGGAACGAUUGUAUCACCACAAGUCAUUGAGAUUUUUGCAGAUGCCAAACUCAUUUCCGCAAAAAUCUUUGGCUUACAUCUGGGGCGGUACAAAGACGGUAAAAAUGAUGGCGAGUUGAACUUCGGAGAGUUGAACAAGGACAGAUACGACGGGGAUUUGAACUGGCUGGACGUUGUGAGCAACGAUCGCGGCUUCUGGGAGGUUGCAAUCUCAGACGCGGGCGUGGGAGAUAAAGUCUUGGGCGUCAAGAACAAGAUUGGCAUCAUUGACACGGGAACCUCUUUUGUUUUCAUGCCUGAGCAAGAUGCUAUCGCUGUUCACAAACUCAUUGACAGCUCCAGACAGUCCGACGAGAACUUCAUAGUUCCUUGCUCUACCAAGAUCCCCGUCACCAUCAAAUUUGGCUCACAAACGUAUAAUGUCUCUGCCGCAGACUGGGUGGGGGAGCAACUACCCGAUAGCGAUGAGUGCUUCAGCAGAGUGGUCGGUCGGCAGACGUUUGGCCCCGAUCAGUGGCUGAUUGGCGACACUUUCUUGAAGAAUGUGUACACGGCGUUCGACAUGGACAAGUCAAAGGUUGGAUUCGGCUUGAAGAGUGCCAGUUCGAGCUCGUCGGAGUCAUCGACUAGUACAGGCGGCUCCAACUCGACCUCCAACCCCAAUGGCAACGAGAACGGCAACGGCAACGCUCCACCUAGCACCUCAGGCUCUGCCACAAACGGCAACAACGACAAAGCAGAGCCAACGCAGAAUUCUCUAGCUGCGCCUGCCGUGUCGCCGUCUGCAUCGGCCCUAGCAGCGCUGUCUGUGGCUGUCGGCGUUUUGGCGUUUGCUUUCUAG